AUGUGGAUUUUCCUCUUCGCGACUCGAUCUGCUUCUGGCGAGUACCGACCGCCGUCGUUAAACUGGGACUUCUCCCGCACCUCUUCCGCCGAUUCCGCCCUCUGCGGCUCCUGGCCCGCCGACUACGCCGCGCGCCACAGCGCCAUCCGCCAGGCCAGCGCAGUCGCGCACGCAGCGCACGUGGAGGUCAUCAAGCGGAGCAGGAGGAGCGGAGUUUUCGCGUGGUUCAGCCCCGCACCCCCCCCGCGCCCGUACGACCCCGCCGUUCGCUUCCUAACGUUCGAAUGGCUGGACGGGUGCGGCGGGUACGGCGACGCGCUCAACGGGCUGAUGCUCGCGUUCGUGACGGCUGUGCUCGACGGUCGCGCGCUCAUCGUCAACCACGACUGCUUGCCGGCCGCGUUCCUGCCGGCUAUGAUCGACUGGCGGCUGUCGGACGACGUGCCGUUAGAGCCCGCGACCGUCGUCACGCCGCCCGGCUACAACUGGGACGGCGUUGUGACCGACGCGCGCCCCGACGCGCCGGCGAAGGCGGGGGAGGUGGUGCGACUGGACAUGCGGAACUCGCGCGUGGAGCUAGAGACGUUCUUCAAGGCGCUCGAGAACGCCACCAACAUCCGGCUGGCGGCGAACCUGGGCGCGCUGACGCACCUGGCGACCAAGGCCAAGGGCGAGUGGGCGGAGCGGUUCAAAGGCCUGGGCAUCCGCCUGCCGUACGCCAUGGGGUGCUUCUUCCGGUUCCUCCUGCGGCCGCGUGACGAGGUGAGGGAGCUGUUCCACAGCACCAUGCAGAAGCUCCGAGGCAACAGCACCGCCACCGCUAUGGAGCAGCAGCGUGUGGCGACGGUGGGCAUUCACAUCCGCGUGCAGGACGAGGUGGUGUGGGCGGGCGACCGAGGCAAGCCCAAGGACCUGGAGCAGAAACAGAUUGACGCGCUGCUGGGGGACGCCAAGCAGUGGCUCGACUGCGCUCAGCGCGUGGAGGAGUUCUGGUUCCCGUCGUCCCUUGCGGUGCGAUGGAUGCUCAUCACCAACUCAGCGCAGCUCAAGGCUGCCAUUAAAUCCAAAUACCCCGACAAGGUCGUCACCACCGAGUUUGUCCCACGGCAUUCCAACAGCCUCGCAUCAGUGAACAAAAAGGAUGGGUUCGGCAUAGAGGGCAGCAAGCAGGACGAAGCAAGGAUGUUCCAGGAGGUAGUGACAGAGUGGUUGCUCCUAGCGGCCUCUGAUGCGUAUGUGAUUUCUAGAUCCGGGUACUCGCACACGGCAGUGUUUUACUCCAUGCGGACACUUGCUACCUUUGAGUAUGACAGGUGUGACCCGGAGCAACCAACCGAGGUAACGUACAUGGGGGAAGAUUGGAGUGGAAUUUGA